UCGUUCCUUUUUGGCUUCCUGCUCAGAAUCACUAUCGUGGGUAACGAGACAGUUUCAAAUUCGUGGUGUGAAUCAUACCGUGAGGUUCAUCUAUCAAGGACCUUAAAGAUGCGUAAUCCCUACAAUUAUUAACGGCAUAUUACCUGUUAUGAAACAACUCUGGCACAGCCUGUACUCAUUUUCAGUGUUACGUGUGACUCUAUUAACAUAGGUUUCGCAUUCUAGUUUUGCCCUGAUCUGCAUAUUUACACUAAACGGUUAAAUCACUGCAGCAGCCUGCAGAUAAUUCUUCACGUACUACGCAGAGUCAGCUAGGAUGAUAUUAGAUGCUUGUUCAUUUCUGCACCUGCACUGCUGGUACCACAACUACCCUCUGAAAGCCACCUUUAGGUGUGUGUGAGUCACCAUUGUGACAAUGCUGCAAAUAGAUAUUUUAUCUAUCUAGUAGACUUAAGCACAUAUGUACACCAGAGGGCGGCAGAAGACUUGGCCUCAGUUUUAUCUAUCUAUCUAUCUAUCUAUCUAUCUAUCUAUCUAUCUAUCUAUCUAUCUAUCUAUCUAUCUAUCUAUCUAUCUAUCUAUCUAUCUAUCUAUCUAUGUUAAUGGAUUUUCUGCUUGUCUGACUAUUUAUAAAAGCCAUUGAUUUUCUUUCAAACCACAGAUCAUCGAAUAAUAUACUUGUUGACUUUGUUUUAUUGAUUUUUUGACAUUAUUAUGUAAAACCAUAACAUCACUAACACUGAACAUAUAUUUUUAACUGUAUUUGAGCGUUUGGAUCUGCGAGCUGCACGUUUCUUGGCUCAUGCGCAGUGUUGACCACAGGGAGGUGCUGCUGUCAUGCCAUGUACAGCAGUCAGUGUCUAGCCAUCUCUAAGAAAUCCUACCACAGACCAGCUUCUGAAGGUGAAGGGGCUAACAGCGUAUUAAAUGAACCCCCUUGGCACUGCUGUGAGAAAAUAUUUGCCUAUUCAAAAUUUAAAAGCACCCUGGAAAAAUGUUUAGUUUUUUCUCAAAAUCUUGCGUUGCCCUCUGAUAUUUACAGUUCCUUAUGAAAUGCCCUGUGUGGUUGGUCUUGUUUGUCUGCAUGUGCAUUUUAAGGCCAGUCACUGUCCACUUGUAUUUCUUGCUGCCACUUGAGAAUACAUUUAAACAGGAUGUGUAAAUUAAUCCAUUAAUCCCUCUGCUUUUAAUUACAGUGAGGACAGCAGGUCAAUUGCACGCACUUUGCAAUUUUAAAUUGCUUUUGUUCGCCUUUAUUGAGAGGCAGCUGUGGGUGUAUUUAAUCAUGUUUUUGAGUGGAGCAUUAUUUUAAACAGAUAGGCUUGUGAACUCCACGAAACCACAAACAAACACCUUAAAGUAAAAAAAGAAGAAGAAGAAAGCAAUUUAUUAAAAAAGUGGAUGCUAUACUUGAAAGCUUUGCAACGAUGCUACAAAUCUUUGUAAAAUACUGAAAGUGAGAGAAGUUGAGGAAAUAAUGAAAGACGGAAUCAAUCGUGCAAUAACAAACACAAGGGAGUGAAAUCACCUUAGCGUUACAGGUGAGCAGUCUUAUUUUAGUAUUUCUGAAUUCAUUCCUCUGUGGAUAACCACAUUCCCCCCACAGAUCAGCCACAGCACUGGAACAAAUUAAGAUCUCACAGUUCCACUCCUGCUAUAAACUGAUAUGAAUGGGAAAAGCCUGAACUGCAGACCAGUCUCGAUGGAAAGGAUGAGAGCUGUUUAAUUUAAGGCAGCUGUGGAGGAAACAAAAAACCCAAAACGAUUUAUAACCGUGGACAUAUAGUCCAAACGGAAACAAAGGGUCGUCUUCCUCAGAUUUCCUCUGAAUGCAGCCUGGCAUGGCACAAAAGCCUAUUAUAAGCGUCAAGGUCGAAAGCAUUCAUGUUCAUUCACUGGAGCUAUGCUUUGAACACAACCGACCAUCAAAAACUAAACACAACACGUGAAGAGUUGAGUAGAUUCACAGUAAUGGUGCUAACUUUUUUCCCCCGUGUAACCUCAAUAACAGAUGCACGUUGUCCAUAAAGUUGAUGCCCAUAUUUUCCUUCUGGGACCCAGCUGUUCUCCCACUGGAAACAUUUUCACGUCCCUUUGGCCACAAUCGCUCGUUGCAUUGGGCCAAUCACAUUGCGCCUUUAACAAGAGUUGCACCGUGCAGUCUCAGUCUGCUCUCAACUCUGGCUGGACAACUGUGGAGCUGCCAGGGAAGCAGAAGCGCAAAAGCCACACAGCUCGCGCUCGGGAGGUUACGGUACGGUGUGUGACUGAUGGGAGCUUUGUCGCGAUCAGCUGCAGAGAAACUUUCUUCUCUCUCUCUUUCUUCUUUUGUGGAUAAAUGAUUUUGGAAUUGGCGUCCGACAGAGAUCAAUAUAACCGGGAUCCGAAAAAUAAAUGGAACAACAAAAAUCGCGAGAACUUGAAUCGCUCCUGUUCAGUUUUUGCCAACUUUGUAUAGGCUGCUAGACCAUCCGAUCAGCCUCAGUCAGUCAGUCCGUGAGGGCGCAGCGGCAGGGGAGGCUGGAUGUGGCAGGAGACGGGUCACUGAGCUGCAGUGAGCCGGGUGCGAGUUUCCUAAUCCCUAACUAUCCAAUGUCACCGGGCAGGAUGAUAAUCGUUGGACUUCUGCUCAAUGUUUUCUCUCAUGGUAGCGUGACAGUAUCUGCAUCCGUAGACUGUUUGGUGGCCGAGCAGGGAUGCAUCCAGGAGCAGUCCUGCAUGGCCAUCUAUCGAUUGCUGGAGUACUGCGCGGCCGAGGAAGCCGUGGCGCCCCUCAGGGCAGACGCGCGGUUGGAGUGCCUGGAGGCCCAGAACUCCUUGCAGCGCUAUCGCCCCCUCCAAGUUUGCAAGUGUCAGCGUGGCUCUCGUAGGGAAGAGCACUGCCUCAAGGUCUACUGGACUGUGAGAUUCGCAGCAUAUGAUGAGUAUGAAGUGUCUCCAUACGAAGAACUGAAGUUAAACCUGGUGAGAAACAUCGAGAUGUCGCGUAUGGCCUCCAUCAUGUCAGCUUCCUCUAAUACUAUGGAUGGUCAAAACCAGUGCUUGAAGGCGGCACAGGACUGUGGCCUGUACGAGAAAUGUGGCUCUCUGCGGUCAGAAUAUGUUGUAGCCUGCACCAAGCGAGCAACAGUCUCUGACAACAGCUGUAACCGCCAGAAAUGCCACAAAGCCCUGCGGCGCUUCCUGGAGCGCGUGCCAGAGGAGUACAGCUUCGCUUUGCUCUUCUGUCCCUGCUCUGACACACUGUGUGGGGAGCGCCGGAGGAAAACCAUCGUCCCGUCAUGCUCUUAUGAGGAGAAUGUGAGAGGGGAGGAGAGGGCGGGCAAGCCGAACUGCCUCAGCCUUCAGAACUACUGCUCCAAAGAUGAGCUGUGUAGAUCCCGCUUUGCUGAUUUCCAGCAUAACUGCCAGCCCUCCCCUCUCUCUGCCUCUGGCUGUAUGCGAGAACGCAGAACCAUGUGCCUGAAGGCUUAUGCUGGACUCAUAGGAACCAUCAUGACUCCCAACUACGUGAGCAACAGCAGUACAGAGGUGUCCCAGUGGUGCACAUGCGAAGGCAGUGGGAAUGAAUGGCAGGGCUGUCAGCGCAUCCUGCAGAUGUUCACCAACAAUAUUUGUCUGCGCAGUGCCAUCAGCUCCAUGGGAAUCUCCGCACCUCCUCCUGUGGAAAACUCUCCCAUGCCAACUUCUCAGCCCUCCCCACACGUCUACCAGGAGAAGGUCCACGUCAGUAUUAACACUCUUCCUGAAUUCGACAGUAUGGAGGACAGCGAAGAAGAGGAGCAGGAGGAAGAGGCGAGCGAAGAAUUCAACGUCAUUCCGCCGUAUUCCGAGAAGGACUCUGACACAGAAUCGGGUGCUAGAGGGAGCCAGCGGGGAGCAGCUAACCAAGCAGUGCCCGUGUAUCCAUUACUGCUGCUGCCUGCGCUCAUCAUAGACUGGAAGUGUUGGAGCUACUGAAGCCUCCAUCUCAUUCUCCACUUACAUUUUACACUCGCUACUUCUGUCAAAUCCAUCUCAGCACUCAGAAUGGACCUCAGAGGACUGUCAUCAAGAAGAAAUGUAAAUACUCAUAACACUUUUUCUUUCCUUUUUUCUAGUUUUGUAUCCCAGCAUUUUUUUCUAUCUGUUUUUUCCUCUUGAGCCUCCUCAGAUGUUAAAAGAUAUCUGUAGCCCCGCUGUAUCCAUGUUGUCUGUGCUCAAGUUGUCUCAAAUGAAAGGAAGGCAACAGCACGAGCAGAUACAUGAGAGCAUGGGUGAAUUGAGAGGUUUUCUCUGGGCAAAUGCUCCAUCUAGAGCUGGCUUCACACUGAAACCCCUCUUUUACCAAGAAGCACAUUGCCCAAGGCCACAUUCACUUUACUUGCUCCCAAAAACCAUAACCAGUCUACUCCACUGCAACCAGGCAUGAGCAUGGCUUUUGAUUUCUUUUUCAUGACCCAUGUCGCAUCCGUUUCUCUGCUGCCCCUUCGGCUCUUCCUCUCCCUCCUUCGUACUGUGGUAGAGUAAGAUAAUCCACUUCACAACGAGCUAAUAGGGAGCCGCACCACACUUAAUCUGCUUUGUACCACUAAAAACGAAACACUUUUGGCAAUGGCUUCAUUUAAAAAAGUGAUGAAAUGUAAAACCAACGCGUUGUCGCAUCGCAUACAGUUCUUUGCGUUUGGCGCACCGAGUCACUCUGCUCCCUUUCUUUUGUUAACACGCCACUUAGUAUUAUUCCUACCGCAGUGAGUGGCUGCGAAUUCAACCACAGGCAAAAGUAAUGAGAUCAAAUUCUUUUGUAGAAAUGACGAGGAGAGAAAAGCAACAUAAGCAAUUACAGCACAAUUCAAAUUGCUCAGCAUGCAGGGGAAGUCUAGAGUAGGGCUCAGGGGAGGAAAAAGCCAAUUUACUGCUGUCAUACCCUCUCACUUCUUUUAUCCUUAGGAGAUGUGUUUUUAGUGCGCCUUCACCAUCAUGCACUGUAGAUGCUGCGAGAGCGAGAUGCAGCGAUAGAGACGGACACAGGAGGCUGUAAAGCCUGCUGGCUGCUCUGAUCAUUGAGCAGCACAUUGAGCCAUUCUCUCUGCCUGAAAUAUCUUUUGCUGAUGUUAAUGAUUUUUCCUCUUAUGGCUCAUUUUCUUGUGAAAUUAUGCAGCUGCAGGGGUGUAGGUAAAGAGAAGGAUAGUGAAGCUUUUUAAGAGGGGUAAACUUCUCUGAUUUGAUGAUGGGUUUCCAAGAAGUAGCUCUGCAAAGAAAAUCGCUCCAUGGUUUCUCACUAGUCAUAAACCGCUAUAGCACCAAUUCAUUGUAAUUAUGAAUUCAUGUUUUUAAGAAAAUAAUAUGUAUUGGAGUAAUUGCAUUGAUGGGUGACUCGAGACUGCGUCACCAACAUCUGCUGGAGUUGUUUAUUAAUAUGAAGACUGAACUUUGGAUAUGUCUCGACAGUGUGAAGGCGUAAAGGAGACGCUGGAAGCAUAUAAGCCCUGUUUCCCUGAGUGCCAGUCUAUCCUAUUUCAAAGUUUGGGGAAGUUAAAGUUGGACUUUGAAUGGAUGUUGUAAGGCUAGUGCACCUGCAGUGACUAUUACUGACUGUAGGGCGAAAUGACAUCAUGCAAGUUUUUUGACCACUUACUUGUUGAGAGCAAAGUUUUGAAGUAUGACUUCAUGCUUAGCUGGUGUCAAGAGAACAUAACCGGACAGAAGAAGUGAAGUAAUAGUCUGAUUUGACAACCAGCAGGCAUUCACAUUUAUGAAGCAGACCGUGGAGGAGGCGUGCCGCUAAUGACAGAGAAACAUCACCCAUCACAGCGUUUACGCUGCAGAAUCAGCCGCAGCGAGCUCUUAAGCAUCCAAUGACAAGUGUCAGUAAUUGCAUCCCGUGCACUCUGGCCUUAACGACUUAAUGUGAGUUUACAUGUGUGUCCGCAGGUUUGUUUAUAUUUGUAAACUAUGUAAAGUAAACGUUUACAUCAGCUUACUUUCCAUGCAUAAAACUGAGAUAUUAAAGAAACUGUAACUAUUCCCCAGAAAGUUUGUAUGUUAUAUCAUGGAUGUGGUGAGGCUAUGUACAGUACUGUUUCAAUGCUUGUAAAAACAUACCAGACAUGCUGAAUAAUGCUGACCUUAGUGUGUAUUAACUGUGUAAUUUUGUGACAUAGCAUAAAGUGUUCCAGUUUGUUAAAAAAAUCAAAAUAAAAGUCAUGUUGGAAAUUGAAAAAAGUGCUUUUAAACGACCGAGGAACGACUGCUGUGGAAGGGCUUUUUGGUCAUUUAUAAUGUAAGCGAACAUUAAAUCAAUUAGUUGGAAAAAAUAAAAAUAAAAAAGAGUGUUAAAGUAUCCAGUUAUUAUGAGAAAGCUCUGAGGUUUUACUUAUUGUGAAACCAUCAAAAAAUAAUCUGGUCGUUAACAAGUCUUCAAAUUAGGGAACUACAACCUCAUAAGAACUACAAAAUCAUGUUAUUAUUUAUUUAACAAAACCUAAGCCAAAAUGCAUUGUGUGAAAAUUAAGUAUUCCCUUGCUGCUUCCACAGGAAUUAAGAGGCUAAGUAGCAGCCAGGUGAUGCUAAUAAAAUGCACUUGACUGAUCAUCAGCUAGUGUGAGCACCUCUAUAAAAGCAAGUUUUGGCAGUUUUCGGGAGCAUUAACGUGUGUGGUAACACAACGCCAAUAAGGAAAGAAGCAAUUGUUGCCGCCCAUUAAUCUUGUAUGGGUUAUGAGGAUAUUUCCCAAUCAUUUAAAGUUCAUUAUUGUACAGUGAGAAAAUUCACCCUAAGGUCAGAUUGUGCAAUCCUCACAGAAACUGGAAAGAAACCAAGGGUUGCAUCUUAGAUCCUAACGGGGCCUCAGUUAGCAUGUUAAAUGCUAAAGUUCAUGACAGUACAAUUAGAGAAAGACUGAACAACUGCAGUUUGUUUGGAAGUGUUGAAAGCCUCUUCACCCUAGAAAGAAGAAAAAGCUUAGGUUCGCAAAGUUGCAACUAACCGCAAGACCUCUAGAAUAAUGACUCUUUGGACAUGCAAGACCAAAGUGGAGAUGUGUGGCCAUAAUACAGUGCUACAUUUGAUAAAAACACAAACUCAGCAAAUAAGCACAAACGCCUCAUACCAACUGUCAAGCACGGUGGUAGAGGGUUAAUGAUUUGGGUUUGUUUUGCAACCACAGGACCUGGACACAUCGGAGUCAUUAAGUUGACCACAAAGUCCUUUGUAUAUCAAAGUAGGUUGUCUGUCUUACAGCUAAAGGAUUUGCCAAAACAUUGUGAGGAAACAAGACGAUGAUCCCAAGCACAGCAGCAAAUCUACAACAGAAUGGCUAAAAAUGAAAAAAAUAUUGUUAAAUGAAUAAUGACAGGAUGUAAUAUGCCAUGUUUUUUUCAUCUCAGGCUAUAUUUACUUUAUUUUUAGACCUGCUAAGGAUAUGUAAAGCUUUUUAUUUGAUGACUGUAUAAAUACUAUUUGUAGAUUAAUUAGCUCUAAUUGAAAGUCAAAUGUUCAGGCUAAUAAGUCACUUUAAUUUCCCCCCAGCUUAUAUAUUGACUCUGGACAAAUUGAGCCAGGACUCUCAUUUUUACAUUUCACUCCUGACUGACAGAGGUGAUUACAGGGUCUGGGGGUGUCUACAUACAAAAUGAAGCCGCUGUGACAUGAACAAGCUACAGUGAAAUGAUUUUUAGGCAGCAAUGGAAACUUUAAUUACAAAAAAGUGCAGCACAAGGGCUCUGGGCCUUUGUUGUUUAUGUCCAAACUCAGCCAAGUGUCCCCAAAGUUAAGUUAUACUUUAUUAAUCCCCCUGAGGUAAAAAUAUCUUCUACGUUUUGUUAUUUAUGACCAGUGGGAGCUCUCAAGUUCUGAGUGGUUUCUCACAUUUUAACCCAUUUACUAGAAACCAUCACGGGUAAACAUUUCAUACACAGCGUUGCUGUUGUUAUUUUUAGAGCCUCGGGCAUUAUUGUAGGGAAGUGGCUGUGAGACAGCUGCAGCCAGGAGUGCAGCAUAGUACAAAUACAAUUAGGUUUCUUUUUUUAUUUUAUUAAUUCAUUUUAGGCGAUCUAUGAUUUGAAAAAAGAAAAAGAAAAACAAAUCUGAGAAAAGCAGCUGAGCGUCCUCGAUUAUAAUAUUUAUCCUGCUAUUGUAUUGUUUUUUUUUUUUCUUUUAAGCUGUACUACUCUACACUUGGGGAUAGUUUAUCAAUAAAUCAACAUCCUUUAGUAUGCAUGCAUACGUCAAACACAGCAGUCUAGAAGACCAGAUACAUGUUCUGUUGUCUAGUUUAAAAGUUCUUUUUGAACACUGCUGUCUGCAGAAGAAAAGCCACGGAGAGUUCAAAACUCACUGCUGAAAUAAAUUAAUCUUUUAUAAUGUAAUAACAAAUAUUACAUUGAGGUUUUCAAGGACUGUCAACAUUACGGUUCUAAACCACACCACUUCUUACCUUUUACAGGUACCGGUCAUGCUGCUGUUAACACCAAAAGAUUAUUUGGUCAAAUUUUUAUUCCAGUACCACAAUGCUGAAGUAGCCAAAGGGAAUUAAGCUGUUUAAACAUUAUUUAUGACUGAGUGUUUGCUACUGUGCUUCAUGGAAUGAGCCUGUUAAUGGCCUGUCAAUGUCUGCCCUCGUGUUCACUAUAGAUUACAGACGUCAAUCAUUUGAUUUUUAGUUAUGCCAUCAGUGUGACGCUAGCGUAGUUGUUUCUGACUUUUCCCCCAACUAUCGCAGCCCUCAACUGAAAGUGUGAAGCUAACAACGUUUUGCUAAAGCUUUUCUAGUAAAUCCUGCCUCCA